AUGGCGGUGGUUGGGGGAAACAGUGGCCGACAACGAGGGGGCGAGCGCUGCUGCUCUGUGGGGACUGUUUGCAGAGUGUGCGGUGAGGUCACUACCUCAGCGGUGGCUGGGGGCUCACACAACCCUUCACGGCAUGGAAGACCGCCGGAGCGUCUCUCCCUGAGAGCAGCCUCCUUCACGAUCCUGCGCCUGGAGGAGGAGGUCACGGACCUGAACAGGGGUCCCGAAACAGACCCCACAACCCCCUGGGCUGCUGGCAAUCAUUUAUGCAUGGAAACCACAUUCUUUCUCAACAGGUCUGAUGAUCUCUGUAAUGAAUCUACAAAUGUAUCUGGCAUAACAGCAGUCAUAACUUCAUAUGUAUUAUGUGUCUUUGUUGGCUGUUUAUCAGUUCUUAUAAUGUGUGGAAACCUUCUGGUAAUAAUCUCUAUCAUUUACUUCAAACAGCUCCACACUCCUACAAACUACCUCAUCCUCUCUCUGGCUGUGGCUGACCUGCUUGUUGGUGUUGUAGUUUUGCCUUUUAGCACAAUACUGGCUGUAAGCUCAUGUUGGCAUCUUGAAGGUUUGCUCUGUAAAGUCCGACGCUGCUUUGAUAUAUUUCUGUGCACAUCUUCUGUUUUGAACCUGUGCUGUAUUUCUGUUGAUAGAUAUUAUGCAGUGUGUCAGCCUCUGAGGUACAGAACUAAAAUAACUGUCCGUGUUAUUGUGAUCAUGAUCCUAGUGAGCUGGACUGUGUCUGCACUAAAUGGAAUUGGUGUCACAAUUCGGGGACUAAAGGUAGAACAAUCCAAAAGGUGUGUUUUAUUUCAACACACAAAUUUAACAAGUUUAGCAAUGGCAACUCUUUUAACGUUUUACCUCCCAGGUAUUGUAAUCGUCACCAUCUACCUACAGAUUUUGAUAGUGGCACAGAGACAGGCACGCAGCAUCCAGAACACAAACUGUCAGAACACAAAGUCUGGAGCAACCAUCAGUAAGAUGGAGAGAAAGGCCACCAAAACUCUAGCUAUUGUUAUGGGAGUUUUUCUCAUGUGUUAUACUCCUUUCUUUCUUUGUUUCACCUUUAAUCCUCUGACUGAUAAUGCAAUACCAGCCUCUGUGAUUGCAUCAUUUAAAUGGUUUGGCUGGUCAAAUUCAAUGCUCAAUCCAUUUGUCUAUGGUUUCUUUUACACCUGGUUUCGAACUUCUUUCAAAAUGAUAAUUUCUGGGAAAAUAUUUCAAGGUGAUUUUACUCAUUUUAAACUCUUCUGA